AUGUAUAGAUUUCACACCAAAAGAGUAAGAGUUGCCGCUGGGCAGGUGUGGACUUCAAAUCUCCACAAGAUCAGACGAUCGCUUAAAAAUGUUUACCAGAAAUGUAAGUCCCGACACUCAUAUUCAACCAGCUACCCAACAAUGGCUUCUUACGAUUGUGACCAAGAUACUCUCAGUUUGAAUGAAGAAAUGACUCUAACAUUUAUGCUCCAAGACAUUAAAACGGGACAAAUGGAACUCCUCAGCCAAAUGACUGACAUUGUCAGUGCGAUAUCAAAUAUCCAGGACAAGGUCAACCAUUAUCAGAAUCAGAUGGAAGCCCUAGAAACCAGAAUAAACAUCAGCGAAGACAGACAAGCUACAAGCAACAAAGACAUCCUCUCCAUGAAAGAAGAUAUCAACACUCUAAAGAAGAAGAUGACAGACCUGGAAAACCAGAAUUCUUACUCCAGCGUACACUGUCUAGAGGUCUUGGAGGGAGAAAAAGGUAAAGAAAUUGCACAGCUCCUCCAAAAGCUCUUACAACCUGAAACCACGAAGGAUACGGCCACCUCUUCAGACACUGUCAUCUCUUCAGCAGAGCCAGAGGGAGUGCCCAGUUACCCAGAGCCCACUGAUGAGCUUAAGAAAAACACAAUGUCAUCUCAGCCUAUAGUAACGCUGAAGAAAACGAAUAGCCUCCAAAAUGCAUCAAUGGGUUGCAAACACGUAAGGCCAAAUAUUUAUAUUUACCCUGACUUCAGUACAUGGAUCAAGCUCACUUUUGUACAUGGAGGAAGUUGGAGAUUUUUCCUCAAUGCCACCAAGUUAGAGGAAUUCAUCCAGUGGCUUCUGUCUAGGCCAAUGAUCCUUCCUGAGGAACCACAAAUCAUACCCCAGAGAGACUAUGCCUUCACCGGACCCAUUGAGAGGUUGGCCACAGUUUGCCUCUCUCUUUUCAACUAUGUUUAUUGCCUUUUCGGUUCCUCAAAAGAGGAAAUAACUCGACUUUAG